AUGGCUUUCCAUGGGAUUAAUCAAGCUACUAGCAAUCUUAGAAUUACUCUACAAUUAUCUGUCAUCAAGCCUCUUACUGGAAAUAAUUUUGAGGAAUGGUAUGAGUCUUUCAAUGUGCAUAUAACUCUGCACAAUUUGGACUUGGCUUUGAGAGUUGAUGAGCUAAGUAAGCCCACUGAUGUGAGCUCUGCUGAUGAAAGAUCCUUUUAUGAGAAAUGGGAGCACUCCAAUAGGAGUUGUUUGAUGGUGAUGAAGUAUACUAUGGAUAAAUCUAUUAAAGAAUGUGUGCCAAAGACGGAAAUGGCCAAAGACUUUUUGGAAUAUGUGAAGGCCAAUUAUACUAAGAUUGAUAAGGCAGAAAUGACAACUUAUUUGAAGUUUCUCACAACCACUAUGUAUGAUGGAGUAUGUGGGGUUAGAGAUCACAUCAUCAAGCUAAAACACUACUUCAACAAGGCAAAUGAGAUGAAAGUGGAGUUGAGUGAGAAAUUCUUGAAAUGGUUGAUACUUGAGUCUCUUCCUACUUCCUUUGAUGCGGUGAAGUUGACUUAUAAUGCCUUGAAGGAAGAAUGGACUUUGGAGGAGUUGAUGUUCAUUGUGGUGCAACAUGAAGCCUCACUAAAGAAAAAUGAGACUUAUUCCCUUGCUUUUGUAACUGAUGAAGUGAGCAAUAUGGAGAAAAAACCUCCACACAAGAAUUCUGGAGGCUCUAAGCAAUUCAAGAGAAAAUGGAAUUCGAGUCAAGGAACCUCUAAUGCAUCUGCUUCUUCUAAUGCUACAAAGAAUGAGAGAUUCAAGGGAAAGUGCAAGAUUGCUUCAAGUUUAAAAAUUGGCUAG